AUGUCCUUCGAUUCAUUUAACGAACCGUCUGCGUGGGCCAUUCCCGCCUCAUCGGAACCAGGAGAUAUUGUCACAGAGGCCUUGAAGAAGGAGAAAGUGCUAAAGGAAAUUGCUGCAUCUCAAGAGGACUUGAAAGCUCUCUACAACCGAGUACAAUCUGUGCAGAAAGAGGUCGACAAGCUUCACUCAGGAAACGAAACACUGCAAAUGUAUAUAGAUAAUCUGACGGUGCAAAUGGCCAAGAGGAGAUGA